AUGGAUGGCAAGCCUAUUCGUGUCGGUGCUGACGCACUUGCUUACUUCGGCCUUGAUAAGGGUUAUCGCAACUUCAACCACGGCGCGUACGGCACUUAUCCCACUGAGGUCCGGGAUGUCCUGUUCAAAACUCUGCUCGACGCUGAAUCCCGCCCAUGUCACUUUGUCAACUAUGAGCAGCCGAAAGCACUACAACAACAAAGAUCAGUCAUUGCGAAAUAUCUCAAUGCACCCACGGAAUCUUGCGUCUUUGUGCAGAACGCAACAAUGGCAUUCAACAUUGUCUUGCGCAACUUGUCAUUCGAAAAGGGAGAUUGCAUAAUCUACUUCCCUACUACCUUCGAGGCUUGCAAGAACACAAUCAAGCAUGUUUGUGAGAUGUCUGCGGCGAAAGCAGUCAUGGUUGAAUCAGCUCUCGCACCUGAAGCUAUGUGCGAAGCCUUGGAGCAAACUAUCAGCAACCUCAAGAACUCAGGCCUGAAUCCCAAGAUCUGUAUCAUAGACACGAUAUCGUCCUUCCCUGGCAUCAGGAUGCCUUUUGAGAAGCUUGUCCGGAUAUGCAAACAACAUGGUGUACUAUCAUACGUGGACGGAGCUCACGGCAUUGGCCACAUCUCACUGGAUAUGGAUGAGCUGGAUGCCGACUUCCUGGCUACAAAUUGCCAUAAGUGGCUGUAUGUACCUCGCAAGUCCGCUGUGUUGUAUGUUUCAGAACGCAACCACGCGUUGAUCAGAUCAGGUCUUCCCACUGGUGCAGUUCUCGACACAAAGAAUUGCGAGGACCCCAGUCCUUUGGCAGCCAAGUUCGGCAGUCUCAGUACUCUUGACGGCAACAACUCUCUGUGCGUGGAAGCAGCAAUAAACUUCAGAACACGGAUGGUCUGGCAAGAUCUACAAGGAGAGGACGCCAUCUACGCCUAUCUGCAACAUCUAGCCAUCAAAGGUGCAGCCAUCGUUUCCAAAGCCCUCGGCGGUACAGCCACCUUCGAGGACAUCUACGAUAUACCCAAUCGUUGUGGUUUCGCAAACGUCAGACUGCCUCUGGAUUACCGGGAAAUCACCAAGGGAGACGUGGCACUCGCCACCCAAUGCUCGAGUUGGAUGUUUAGCACUCUUGUCGAGAAACAUAAUACAGCGCUGUUGAUCGCAGUGUAUGAUGGUUCUUGGUGGGCGCGGAUUAGUGCACAGAUAUAUCUUGAUUUGGAUGACUUUGUGUGGUUGGGAGAUACGUUGAAAGCAGUUUGUGAUGAGGUUCGACAGAAAGAGUGGCAGAAACCUCAAAGCGGAAGCUAA